CAGCACGUUCUCACGCCACAUUUGCUAAUGACCGCAACGUUCACCCGACAGCAGUUCGACGAGGCAUGCCGGGAAUUCAUUCACGCUCAUCAAUCCAUCUCAUCAGAGUCUUCUGCGUAUGAAGACAGGCUUUCGGGAUGGUCUUGGAAAGAGCAUCAUACACUGCCAGGCUUCGGUUACAUGCAUCGGAUUAUCACUUUGAACUGGCGUCACCCAGCGUCAGUUGAAUCAUCUCUUGAGAUUGAGGAUAGUUUGGACGUCGUCGACGAUGGCACAACCGCUUCGCAUGGCUCCCCCGAUUCGUUGACUUGUCAUCAGUAUGUGGUGCUAUCAGCGACUUUCCGUGUACCAGCAUUUUAUUUUUCCAUUCAUGGUUCGAGCGGUUCCCCACUUCAGCUGGUUGAUAUCAUGAAAACUUCUCUUCUCCGUAAGGAUGUGUGCGAAGGGACGGUCGCUACAACAUUCGCUGUAUCGCACCCGGCAACGAACUUCCCCCUCCUAUCGCAAGGUGAACAUCCGACGCUAGGCACGCCCUGUUGGUAUUUUCACCCAUGUGAAACCGCCAGUGCAGUUCACGAGAUCCUCAAGGAAUCAGAGGAGAGCGGCGGGAGAGCACUGAGAUGGAUGGAAGCUUGGUUCACAGUGUUGAGCACAGCCGUGGCCACGUAGUGAUAUCCACGGUAUUUUUGGAUGGUGUUCUCAGGCUGGGAUUUGGGUGGAAUGUGUUUUGGACAAAAGGCUUCUAUAGGCUUCGUCAGUCCCUCACAUGUGACGAGAUCAACUAU